GCACCGCUGGGACUCUGCCAACCCCUGACAGUCCCAGACCCAAACCACGGGUUAGAAACAAAGUGCAGAUCCGGCUAGCGCCUCGGCCUGUCCCCACCAGCCGGGCACUGGCCAGUUCCUUGGGGCAAGUGAAGGCGGUCUGGGCAGCUCACCCCUGGGCUUCUCCCUGUGGACCCACCCUACGGGGCUCAGACCAGCACCUGCGCUCAAUUCCCUCCUGCCCCCAGGCAUCGUCUUUCUCAUUAAGGCUGGAUGGGCAGCUCCCUGCUGCCAGGUGUGCUUGCCCUGGGCCUUACCACGAGUCUGGUCCUGUUUCCUAACAGCCUGUUCCCUUUUGUCUCGAAGCCUCGGUUCACCCCGCUGUCCCCUUUAUUUCUUUCCCUCUCCCUUUCCUGCACCAGAUCCCAAACAUCCUUGUCCUGAAGGGCCACUGGGAGUCUGGUCUCUUCUCCUGUCUCCCGGUGCAACGGUGCUAUCCUUCUGCCUUCCUCCUUCUUCACAUGGGCUGGCUCCUGUUCUUUCAUCUUCCAGCUUGUAUCUUCGGGAGAAGGCGUCAGCGUUGGUGUCGUCCUUUCCCAGGCGAUGCUCUGCAGAAAAAUCAUACAGUUGCCAACUUAAUGCCCACCUCGUCAAUCAGCUGUUAUCCGUCUGUGUCGAAUGCAGCCAUCUCAAUGGGGCACAUCGGUAACCAAUGCGAAUUUUUGGCCCUUGAUGGCUAGGCAGUCCCUUUUGAUAGUUAUGGGGGCUCUUUCCAGCUUUCUACUGGCGUGAGCAACAGGGUGUUCAAUACCGUCCCUCCGCUGAGCUCGGACCACUCCACUUGUCUGUAGUAAAGACAGUUGCUGCACAUCCAGGGGAUACAAUCCCGGGCGAUGACAUGAGACUUCCCAAGUCUUCCUGAAGCCCUGCUCGGAUCCCUGGUCCCCGGCACCUUCAGUGGUGCCCUCGCGCUGGGUGUCUGGAGGCAGGAUGUGGCUGCAGGUGCUGAUGGGAGCAGCGCUGGCGCUGAGCGCCAUGGCCGCCCCGGGGCAGAGCCCGCCUGGCGCCGCCGUCUUCGCCGACCUGAGCCCCGCGGAGCUGCGCGCCGUGCGGGACUUCCUGCUGAGCCGGCCGGAGCUGGGGCUGGUGCCCGAGCGCACGGGGCCCCUGGCCGCCAACCGCCUCUUCCUGGUGGAGAUGCUGGCGCCCAAGAAACGCCUGGCGCUGCGCUUCCUGGACCAGGACGGGCCCCCGCCUCAGCGCCAGGCCCGCGCCGUCGUCUACUUUGCCGGCCAGGCCCAGCCGAACGUCACCGAGUACGUGGUGGGGCCCCUGCCCCGGCCCAGCUACUACCGACCGCGGCACUUCAAGGGCAGGCGCCCAGUGCCCUUCGCGGCCCGGCCCGUCACGGGCCUGGAGUACGAGCUGCUGCACCAGAAGCUGGAGGAAGCCACGGCGCCGCUGUCCCGCCUGCUGCGCGACACCACGGGCUACUGGUACCACAACUGCAGCACGCGCUGCCUCGUCUACACGGACGUGGCGCCGCGUGGUCUGGCGCCCGGCGAGCGCCGGUCCUGGGUCAUGCUGCAGCGCCUGGUGGAGGGCUACUUCCUGCACCCCGUGGGCGUGGAGCUGCUGCUCGACCACCGCAGCCUGGACCCGCGGCGCUGGGCCGUGCAGCAGGUGUGGUUCCAGGGCCGGUACUUCCCCAGCGUGGAGGCGCUGGCGCAGAGCUACGCGGCCGGCAGCCUGCAGGCCGAGCACCUGCCCGAGCCGGAUGCACACGAGCUGUACUCCAGCUACGUGCCACGCGGGCGCUUCGGCACCGACACGCCCACCGACGUGCACGGGGCCAAGGUGUGCGAGCCCCAGGGCCGGCGCUACCGCGUGCAGGGCAACCAGGUGGAGUACGGGGGCUGGGCGCUGGCCUUCCGGCUCCGCUCGUCCUCCGGGCUGCAGCUGUUCGACCUGCGCUUCGACGGGGCGCGCGUGGCCUACGAGCUGAGCGUGCAGGAGGCGCUGGCUUUCUACGGCGGCAGCACUCCCUCGGCCAUGCAGACCAAGUUCCUGGACGCCGGCUGGGCCAUGGGUACCCUGGCGCACGAGCUGGCGCCCGGCGUGGACUGCCCCGAGUCCGCCACCUUCAUAGACGCGGUGCACCUGUACGACGCGGCGGGGCCGGUGCGGUUCCGGCGGGCGCUGUGCAUCUUCGAGCUGCCCACGGGCGUGCCCCUGCGGCGCCACUUCAACAGCGACUUCCAGGGCAGCUUCCGCUUCUACGGGGGGCUGGAGGGCACUGCCCUGGUGCUGCGCACCACCGCCACCGUCUACAACUACGACUACAUCUGGGACGUGCUGCUGUACCCCAACGGCGUCCUCGAGGCCAAGGUCCACGCCACCGGCUACAUCCACGCCACCUUCUACACCCCUGAGGGGCUGAGCUAUGGCAGCCGUGUCCAGCGCCACGUCCUGGGCAACAUGCACACCCACCUCGUGCACUACAAGGUGGACCUGGAUGUCGCAGGCACCGCCAACAACUUUGAGACGCUGGAGCUGCAGCUGGAGAACAUCUCCCUUCCCUGGAGCCCGGGCGAGCGGCUGGUGCAGCCACGCCUGCAGCGCCGCCCGCGCCGCACGGAGCGCCAGGCUGCCUUCCCGCUGCGCCAGCCCCUGCCCCGCUACCUGCUCUUCACCAGCUCCGGCAGGCGCAACCGUUGGGGCCACCAGCGCAGCUACCGCAUCCAGCCCAGCUCCCACGCCGGCCCUGUGCUGCCCCGUGGCUGGAAGGAGGAGAAGGGCAUCGCUUGGGGCAGGUACCACCUGGCGGUGACACGACACCACGAGAACGAGGGGCGGAGCAGCAGCAUCUACACCCAGCACGACCCCUGGGACCCGCUCGUCAACUUCGAGACCUUCAUCCGCGAUGACGAGAGCAUCGAGAACCAGGACCUGGUGGCCUGGGUGACGGUGGGGUUCCUGCACAUCCCGCACUCCGAGGACGUGCCCAACACAGCCACGCCGGGCAACGCCGUGGGCUUCUUCCUGCGCCCCUUCAACUUCUUCGACGAGGACCCGUCGAUGGCGUCGCGCAGCCCCAUCAUUGUGCGCCCGCUCGACCCCGACGCCACCCGCCUGCAGGUGCAGCGCUGGACGCCCGCCAGCCCCGGGCCCUGCGUGGCGCCGGAGCCCUUCCACUACAACGGCACCUACCGGGAGGAGUGAGCCACGCCGCGCCACGGCUGUGGGGAUCGGGCCCUGCCCUCCACCCUGGCUGGGUAGAGGAGCUGGGCCGGGCUGGUGCCCCUCUGCUCUCAGCAGCACGUCCCGGGCACGUUUCCCUGCGGAGCUCCCUGCCGCAGGGUCUCUGCUCAGCUCGGUUGCCUGCAACAGGAGCCUUAGUCCUUAGGGCCCUGGACCUAUAGAAGGGGACCAAACCCCCAGCCGGGGGCACGGAUAGGGGUUGGGGAGGAGGCCGGGCUGGGGCAGGGGGUGUGGGAGGUCACAGGCAUCCCUAGUAAAGUUCGCUUUAGCCCCAGCCGCGCGCCCGAGUCCUUUGUGCCCCCCUGCCCCUGCCGGGUGCAGGACCCAGCUCACAGCCCUGUCCCAGCAAGCCGUGACCCCCCCAGCCCGCAGCACAGAGGCAGAGGCACAGACGGGCUAAAUCGGUUUAUUGGGGUGGGGGGCUACGGCGAGGACGACAUGCAGGGCGGGCACACGGGCCCGGGCGGCACCCGCCCGGCUACAGGAUGACGGCACAACACAGCACAUGCUACACGGGCCUGCACGGCCCCCAGGCCAGGCGGGCGGGCAGACGGCGCCGCCCCGGGGCAGAGCGGCAGGGACAGGGGGCAGGAGCUUCACCCCCAGCCCCAGCCUGGAGACCUACCCCUACCCCGGGUUGGGGUGGAGGGGUGGGCUGGAUGGCAGCUCCCAGCAUGCACUGCUCCCACAUGGCCAAGCUGCUCCCAUUGCUGGAGCCCACGAGGCCAGGGCCAUGGUCACGGUCACGUCCAGGACCCGCAGCCCCAGCGUGGGGGGGACCGGGUUUCCCUUCUCCAAGGACAGGGUCAGGCCAGGGGGGCCUGGCCCAACCCAGCAUCGGGUGAGCAGCCAGGCCAGGCCAGGAGCUGCCCCCUUCUGCUGUGGGGGGGGUGGUCCAAGCGUGACAGAGCACACGCGUGUGCACACACAGUACAGCUCAGCCCCUCCCAUAGGGAGCAGCAGGCAGACACACACACACGCACACAUACCCCCACAGGCAACAGACAUAGGUGUGCAGGUGCACACACACACACACACACACACACGUGUGUGCCAGGAUAACUGAGUACAGGCACAUGCACACACCUGCACAGAGAGAGGAGGCAUGUGCAUGUGAACACAUGUACAAGCAGACACGCCAAAGGGACCUGGACCCAAUCAGGUUUGGACACAGACAUACAGGUUCCCGCACGUGCGAGCGCCAGGGCACAUGCACAUGCACGUGCGCACACACACACGCCUACACAUGCAAACGCCAGGGCAUAUGCACCUGCUUAUGCACGCAUACACAAACACAUAUACAUACACUCACAUGGAAGCGCCAGGGCGCACGCACAUACACACACUUACAUGCACACACAUAUGGAAGUGCCAAGGCACAUGCACACACACACACACACACACA